GAAUAUAUUAUUCGAGUACAAAGAGGAAUUUCUGUAGAAAACAGCUGGCAGAUUGUUAGAAGAUACAGUGACUUUGAUUUACUGAACAACAGCUUGCAGAUUGCAGGCUUAAGUCUACCUCUCCCUCCCAAAAAAUUGAUUGGAAACAUGGAUCGUGAAUUCAUAGCUGAGAGGCAGAAAGGUCUUCAGAACUAUCUCAAUGUUAUCACCACAAAUCAUAUCCUGUCUAAUUGUGAGCUGGUUAAGAAAUUUCUAGAUCCAAACAACUAUUCUGCGAACUACACUGAAAUUGCCUUACAACAGGUUUCCAUGUUCUUCCGAUCAGAACCAAAGUGGGAGGUGGUAGAACCGCUGAAAGACAUAGGUUGGAGGAUUAGGAAAAAGUACUUCUUGAUGAAGAUUAAAAAUCAACCGAAGGAACGGCUGGUGUUAAGCUGGGCUGACCUUGGCCCUGACAAAUACUUGUCAGAUAAAGAUUUUCAGUGUCUAAUCAAACUUCUACCUUCCUGUUUGCACCCUUACAUUUACCGGGUUACUUUUGCCACAGCCAAUGAAUCCUCUGCAUUGCUAAUCAGGAUGUUUAACGAAAAAGGAACUUUGAAGGAUCUGAUCUACAAGGCAAAACCAAAGGACCCAUUCCUAAAGAAGUACUGUAACCCUAAGAAGAUCCAGGGCCUUGAACUCCAUCAAAUAAAAACAUAUGGACGGCAGAUAUUAGAGGUGCUAAAGUUUCUACACGACAAGGGGUUUCCUUACGGGCAUCUUCAUGCCUCUAAUGUGAUGCUUGAUGGGGACACUUGCCGGCUGCUGGACCUUGAGAAUUCCUUAUUGGGCCUUCCUUCAUUCUACCGACCCUACUUCACACAAUUCAGGAAAAUCAAUACGCUGGAAAGCGUGGACAUCCACUGCUUUGGUCACUUACUAUACGAGAUGACUUAUGGACGGCCACCUGACUCGGUGCCCGUGGACUCCUUUCCUCCCGCACCGUCCCUGGCUGUGGUGGCCGUGUUGGAGUCUACGCUGUCUUGUGAAGCCUGUAAAAAUGGCAUGCCUACCGCCUCCCGGCUCUUACAGAUGCCAUUAUUCAGUGAUGUUUCACUAACCACUUCUGAAAAGCCACAGUUCAAGAUUCCCACAAAGUUAAAAGAGGCAUUGAGAAUCGCCAAAGAAUCUGUAGAAAAGAGACUCACCGAAGAACAGAAGCAGAUUCACCAGCAUCGAAGACUGACAAGAGCUCAGUCACACCAUGGAUCUGAGGAAGAAAGAAAAAAGAGAAAGAUUUUGGCUCGGAAGAAGUCCAAACGAUCUGCUAUUGAAAAUAGUGAAGAGCAUUCAACAAAGUACAUCAACUCUAACAAUUCAGCAGGAUCUGGGGCCAGCUCACCUCUCACACCGUCAUCUCCGACUCCACCCUGCACAGCAGGGCCAUCUGCAUUACCUCCGCUGCCUCCACCCCCGCCUCCACCAGCAGCUCCUCCGCCGCCCGUGGGCACAGAAGCACCUGCACAGCUCUCGCCCCAGCCCCAGGCUAUGAACGGUGUGGGCCGAGGGGCCUUGCUCAGCUCCAUCCAGAAUUUCCAAAAGGGAACUUUGAGAAAAGCCGAAACCUGUGAUCACAGUGCUCCUAAGACUGGCUAAGCUUCCUGUUUACACCGGGAGGGAAAAGUCCUUUUUCUGCUCCACUCCCACCCCUGAAGUCCCCUGCGGCUGAAUGAGCCCUGGGGAGCCCGCACUGCCACACUGUCCUGCAUAUGCUCUGGUAAGGGGCUUUCAAGAGGGCAGGGUCCUCCGAGUAGAGCAAGGUUGGGCCAGCACUGCUGCCCUCGGGAGUGUUCUGCUCCUGUUAGCGCUGAAGAGGGGCCCUAGUCAUCCUCUAGGGCAUCUGGGGGACAGCACAGUACCUGAAUCAGUUUCUUUGCCAACUGAAGGAAAUAGAAGCAGGGACAGUAUUUCAUCACAGUAGUGAAUGGCCUUUGUGCUGCCACCCUUCCCACCCCAUGAGAAACGUUCCUCUCAGCUUAUUUCUCCGAAGCACUUCCUGGGUAUUCCUUAGAUAACUCAUUUCUGCUACCUUUAUUUUGCCUCAGACGUUAAUGCUGUAGCCCAAAGCAUAGUUCUGUUGUUGUGUCAGAGAAGCAACCGAGUUCAUUUUCCCCAAUGGGGGGGGUCCCCAAUAGCGUCUAGUUCCAUCAGGAAUCCCCUUACGACUACGGAACUCAGGGCUUCUGAGAGCAACUUCUCUGGACCCAUCCUUUUUACUUAGAAUAUACUGAGAGACAACAAAAUAUUAUCAUUAGACGUUCCUGCUAGUUAACAUGUUAAAUCCACAGCAGCUGUCAAGUUUGGGGUUUGGGGGUGAUCACUAUUACCACACAAGUAAAUCUGGCAAUAUAGACAUCCAUUCUGAUAUUUGAAAGAUUUAUCCAAAUACAUCUUUUUAAUGUUACUCAUUUAUUCGAUUUUAUCCUAUGAUUUGCUUAAAUUUGAAAAUAAACUGCACUUUAAAGGAUUAUAAAUAAUCCGUUUUAGAAUUCAAAUACACACAUCAGUGUUGGUUACUAUGCAGAAUGUCAUUGUGUACAGUUUCAUGUAAUCAAUCUGAUAAAUAUUCAGCUGUAUUUUUUAUCAAAAUAAACCAUGUCAAGAAACGUUUGUAGGUAUCUCAAAUGAGAAUUUCCCAUUGCAUCUUUUGUAAACAUAAAGAUUCAUGUAGCAGUUUCCUUCCCUAUUGUUUUGUUUUGUGUCAUAGUUCCCACGUAAGAUAUGCUAACAAGCCCGUCUUGUAUGAUUUUGUGUUUCAUUUAAACCUAUCUUUUCUCUCAGUCGAAGAGGACAGUAUAUAACAAUGCCUUUGGUGAUGGGAAGAAUAAAAUGUGUUCAUUUUAAAGGGAAUUGUGUUAGAACUAGGGCACACAAGGAGCAGGGUAAAGUUCUCAUCCCGAGUGUGACGCGGUCUCGGAGAUGGGUUCCUGGGGGAAGUCGUGGGCCUGAGUCUCGAAGCCAGCGCUGCAAUUUUAGAUAAAAGUUUCACAUACGUGAAUAAAAACAACCAGGGAAGGACUGGGACUGUAGCUC